GGAAGGCCUUCUGCUCCGCCCUCGGAGCCUCCAUCAGCCUCACGCCGGGUUAUCACCCCCAAUCCAACGGCCAGGCCAAAAGGGCCAAUCAGGAGCUGGAGGCCGCUCUGCGCUGUUUGGUGGCCCAAAACCAGGGUGACUUGUCGGACUAUCUCAUCUGGAUUGAAUACGCCCAUAACAAUCACCCAUCUGCUGCUACGGGUAUGUCACCUUUUGAAGCCUCUUUAGGAUACUCACCACCCUUGUUUCCUUCUCAGGAGCUCGAUCUGGCAGUGCCCUCUGUCCAACUCCAUCUUCAGUGGUGCCAGGGUGUUUGGCGGCAGGCUAGGGCGGCUCUCCUCCGCACCAAGGAGAGCAACUGUCAGAUCGCCAACCGUCACAGGAUGGUGAGUCCCUCCUAUCAACCUGGUCAACAGGUGUGGCUUUCCUCAAAGAACAUUCCCCUCCAGGCCACUUCCCGUAAGUUGGUUCCUCGCUACAUUGGACCCUAUAUCAUUCAGCAAGUUAUUAACCCCACCUGUGUCCGCCUCAAGUUGCCAGCCGCCCUCAAAGUGCAUCCUUCCUUUCAUGUUUCCCAAGUCAAGCCUGUCCGCCAAAGCUCCCUUUGCCCGCCUUCCGCUUCCCCACCACCCUCCCGGCUCAUUGAUGGGGCCCUGGCCUUUACGGUCAGUCGGGUUUUGAAUGUGCGGCGCAGGGGCCAGUAUCUGGUCGAUUGGGAGGGUUCCGGCACGGAGAAGCGGUCGUGGAUCUCCCGCUCCCUGAUACUGGACCGCUCUCUCAUUGAUGACUUUUUUCUCGCCCAUCCUGAUCGUCGCCCUGGACCACCUGGAGGCAGUCGUUGUGGGGGGGGGGUACUGUUACGGUGCCUCUGGCAGACUCCUCCCCCUCAUCAGCUACACCUGGUACCUCCAGCUGCGCCUCCUCGUCAGCCUGCAGACUCUUAAGGAGACCACGGACCUGUAAUCGAAGCUAGUUCGUUGUACUCCUACGGAUCUCGCCCUCACGAGGUACUCCUCUGGUUGCUGUCCACUUCUCGCUCGUCUCGCGCCAUCGCCCCUCUGGCUUCCAUCACGGAUCACACGGUUGUCGCCGCCAAGACCCUCCAACCACCACCUCCGGCCUUCACAGAAGAACCUGGGAAUCAAUACUAUUCCUGCUGUCAAAUUAAACCUAUUUCUACUUA